AUGGAUAACUCUGCAAACAUGCAUAAUGAUCAUUUGGGUGUGAACAAAAUGGGGAAAAAUAUAAGGAAGAGUCCUUUGCACCAACCCAAAUUUGGUAAUAAUGACGCCAGGCAACAACCUCAGCCUCAGGUGUACAAUAUAAGCAAGAAUGACUUCCGGAACAUUGUUCAGCAGCUUACCGGUUCGCCAUCGCAAGAACCUUUGCCUAGACCUCCCCAGAAUCCGCCAAAGCCCCAAAGUAUGCGGUUGCAGAGAAUUCGACCUCCCCCAUUAGCACCUAUCAACAACAGACCGUUAAACACACCUCCAGCUCCUCUUCCUGCUGGCCCACCACAGGUUCCCUACAAUAAUAACUUCGUUAGGCCUCCUCAGUUUGGACAUCCAUCACCUACACCAAUGCCACCAUUUCCACAUGGAGAUUCAAUGUGGCAAAGUACAGCUGAAUCUCCUAUCUCAGCAUAUAUGCGGUACCUUCAGAGUUCAAUGUUAGAUCCAACUCCAAGGGGCAACCAACCUCAGCCUCAACCACAAGUUCCAGGUCAAAUGCAGUCUCAGCCACCAUCAACCGGUUUACUUCCUAACCCAUCCGUAUCUGCUCACCCACCCCCGAGAAUGAAUGCCCCUGGGGCACAUGCGCCUAAUCUACAGCAUCCACAGAUGAAUGGUCCUCCCCUCUUACCGUCACCAACUUCACAGUUUUUAUUGCCAUCCCCAACGGGUUACAUGAACUUGUUGUCUCCACGGUCACCUUAUCCAUUGCUUUCACCUGGGAUGCAGUUUCCUCCACCCUGGACCCCCAAUUUUCAGUUCUCUCCAAUGGGCCAAUCAGGGCUAUUAGGUCCAGGGCCUCAACCCCCACCUUCUCCUGGCGUUUUGUUUCCAUUGUCUCCUUCAGGGUUUUUCCCCAUUUCAAGUCCAAGAUGGAGGGAUCAUCACUAGUUGGCACAACAUUGUUAAGCAUGUGAGUCCAUACAUUCCCUUGUGCUCUUUCUUAAUGUGGACUCGUCGACUACUUCUAGGAGCUUCUUUGUGAAAAAUAUAUUGUAUACUGGUAGCGUAAGUGGCUUUUCGGGCUACCUGUAAUGUUCGCUUCUCUUUUCUUUAUUUUUCUUUUGUUGACACCUUCUCUGCAGCUUUUUUGAAUCUUGAAUCUGUAUCAGCUCAUAUCUUUUCGUCUAA